AUGUUCUAUCAGGGAACUCUCCAAAGCGGCAUUGGCCUCGCUAUUCAGGAACAGAAGCUGGUUGCAUGCUUUGUCCGAGAUGACGGGCCAGAAAGUGUUAGGUGGGAAGACGACUGGCUACAAAGUGGCUGGAUUUCCAACCUUCUCCAGCAAAAGGCUGUGCUCCUCCGGCUUGAUGCUGGUUCCACCGAAGCUGGUUUCCUCUCUGCCUUUUGCCCACUAUCAAGUACGCCCACUUUGGUUGUGAUACACAACGGUACCUUGAAGGAACAAAUAUCAGUUGGUGUCACGAAAGACCUCUUUAUAAACAAGAUCAGAUCGGCGCUGGGCGCGCCGCCUGUACCUAUACCUGCUGAUCCCGCAACUUCAUCAGCUCUCGACGCUCCGAACACCAGAUCGACUGUCCAAGAAUCCCCGCCGUCACCACCAUCUCCUCCUCACCCUCCCCCCGCUGCUACUACAAGUGCCAAAGGCAAGCAGAGAGCGACGACGAGUAAUCCUGAACACAACGUCUCCGCUGCGCAAGCCGCACAAGCGAGCGCACGAGAAACCCUUCGCAAGAAGAAGCAGGAAGAGAAGGAGGAGCUGGCUCGCAUACAGGCCCGCAUUGAAGCAGAUAAGGUGGAGCGCAGGGCACAGGCGGAGGCCCGCAAGGCGGAGCGCGAAAGGUCAACAGGAAACUCCACCAUACAAUCGAAAUCGCCAAUCGCUUCAGGCAGGAAUGCAUCACAAGCGAGCAUUGUGAAUUUAAACGUCCGGUUAUUUGACGGAAAGACCAUAAGGUCGACUUUCCCACGGACGGCCACGCUGCAGGCUGAGGUCCGUCCAUGGGUCGAUCGUGAGAUCAAGGAAAGGACGGAAUCUCCGAACGAAAAGAUCCCGCCCUAUUUCUUCAAGCAGAUACAAGCACCACUUCCGAGCCGAGAGCUGUCUGCUGGAGACGAAAAUGAUUCUUUAGGAGAUAUCGAUCUCGCCCCAAGUGCCACUUUAGUCCUAAUACCCGUCCGGGGUUAUUCUGAUGCAUACACGGGUACUGACAGUGGCAUUAUCGGAGGUGUUGCUGGAGGCGUCACAGGCCUUGUCAGUAGCAUUUUCGGCCUGGCAAGCUCUACUGCAGGCUAUGUGGGGGGCAUGAUAGGUUCUGUUGUCGGAAGUGGCGAACAGAACCAAGGUACACCGCAACAGCCAUCCUCUGGACGGGUCUUAGGAGAUCAGAGCGCCGAAACCUCCAACCCAUCAAGUGCGUCCGCGGCGACGGGCAUUCGGGUUCGAACGCUUGCCGACCAGAGGGAUGUCGACACGAGAGAUUCGAGACUCUACAAUGGCAAUUCGUUAGACUUUGAGCCAAAUGGCGAUGCUUCUAACCGACGAUGA